GGCCCGGGCGGAAGCAGGAAGCGGUGGAGCAGGACCACGCUCGGGUCGGUGUUUGCUGCAGGGCCAUGGCUGAGAAGUUCGACCACCUGGAGGAGCACCUGGAGAAGUUUGUGGAGAACAUCCGGCAGCUAGGCAUCAUUGUCAGUGACUUCCAGCCCAGCAGCCAGGCCGGGCUCAACCAGAAGCUGAAUUUUAUCGUUACUGGCUUACAGGAUAUUGAUAAGUGCAGGCAGCAGCUUCAUGACAUUACUGUGCCUUUAGAAGUUUUUGAAUACAUAGAUCAAGGACGAAACCCCCAGCUCUACACCAAAGAGUGCCUGGAGAGGGCUCUGGCCAAGAAUGAACAAGUCAAAGGCAAGAUUGACACAAUGAAGAAAUUUAAAAGUCUGUUGAUUCAAGAACUUUCUAAAGUAUUUCCUGAAGACAUGGCUAAGUAUCGAAGCAUCCGAGGGGAGGACCACCCCCCUUCCUAACUUCAUCGUCCUGCCGCCUGAAGACCCUCCUGGUCUAGUGUGAGUCGCCGUGACCUUCAGGCAGGCUAUGACUGACAGUGGCACCCAUGUCCUCCAGCUGCCCUGUCCUUGUCCUUGGCCUUGAGGGCCAGCGGGGCCUGGAGGGCUUGCAGAGUUGUGCCCUGGCUGCCCCUCUGUCCCUGAUGUGCAUCUGUUUGGUCCGAAAGUUCUCAAAUGGCCCGAGUGCACGUCUUUGAGUGCGAUGCAUUUGAUUCUUCCUGGCAGAGUAGUCUUGAGAAUAUUAACUAUGCUAGGUACAUUAAGUUUUUAAAAAUUCCUAAUGGUUUUGUUUUUAUGUACUGUUUCUUUUCCAUUUUAUUAUGGUGUCAAAGAAAGCUAAAAAAAGAAAAAAGAAAAAUUGGCUUAAUCUAAGAAGUACUUUAAGUUGGUGUCUUAUAUUUUCAAGUAUGAUGCAUAAAGAAUGUGUUCAGUGUAACUGUUUACAUGGAUUUCAAUUAGACAUAAGCAUACAAUAAAGCCUUUAAGUAUUUA